AUGUUCGCUCAAUCCAUCUUCGUCGCUGCCAUCGCUGCCGUCGCAGUUGCUUCUCCGCUUGCCGCUCGCACCGACUACCAGUGCAACACUGGUCCUGUCAAGUGCUGCAACGAAAUGAAGUCGCACCAGUCGUCCGAGGCCAGUCUCGUCGCUUCCUUGUUGAAGCUUGACCUCGGCGGAAUCACCGGCGAGUUCAGCAUGCAAUGCUCGCCCAUCGCCAGCAUUCUUGGUGGUGGAGCUAAGUGCUCUGGCCAAACAGUUUGCUGCGAGAACACCAAAUUCAACGGCCUGGUUAACAUUGGCUGCACUCCCAUCAACAUUGGCCUCUAA